CUAUGCAGUGAUUAUGGCUACUGGAUCCUCGGACUUGCGAACAUGUUCCUGCCGGCGAAACUCGGCCCUUCGCUCAGGUACUAACAACUAGACAUACGUGGCUCGGCGGGGUUGCUGUGUCUGAAUCAUACUCGGUUCCAAAACUGUUAUCACCAGCAUGCAUCUUUAGUACCCAAACUGUGGCUUGGCUUUCCUCCAGAUCAUGAUGCCAGAAAGCGAUGUUGACAUCUCCCAAGUGAAAGGGAAUGCUUCUCCGGAAGUAAAACGUGCAUUGCUCAGCUCUCUGCAAUCGAUGCAGCCGAACAACGUCUCGCGGUCGACUGGCAAGCCCUUCAGAGGCUUCGGAGCCCAAUUCGUGUCCCGCAUGCAAAUAACAGAGGCAUCCGUGUUGCCAAUGACAGAGGAGCCGGAGAAAUUCGAAGGACGUGUUGUCUUCGAGAUGAUUGUGGAUGAAGACAUGCUUAAUGGUGCUGGAAAUAUGCACGGUGGAUGCUUGGCCAUGAUGAUUGACACCUGCUCGACGGCGCCUUUUUAUGUCCUUGGAGCCGCGACAAGGGGGCAAGGAGUGUUUGGCGUCUCACAAUCUUUGAACAUUGUCUACCAUUCACCAGCAUUGCCGGGCGACAAGUUACGUAUCGUGAACACGACCCUUGCCCUCGGUAGCCGGGCACUGUCAAGUCGUUGUGAAGUUUGGAGUGUCACGCGACACCGAUUAGUCGCAUCAGCUGUACACAUCAACAUGGUUCCAUCUGAGUCAUCCAAACUCUGAUGCAAGUACGCUGGCUUGCUUGAGUUCUCUAGGCUUUCAGUAUUCUACCUUUUGGUUUACAGCAGUUUGCGAAACUAAUGGCACUGGCGUGUUGUGGGAAAAUCAUAAUUGAGGAUUUGGGACUUUGAAAAUUUUCACCGUUUUGAGACUUAGAGAAAAAUUUGAACAAUUGCACCACGUCGGACAACAAUAUUUAUAUAUACCUACAUACCACUAGUAUGGUCAACCGAAAGAUCUCAUCCGACGUCAAACUUGCUGCCAUUCGCCUGUACGAGCAAGAUAUCCUUAGUCUUCGUGAAAAUCA